CCAUGGCCAGCCGCCGGAGAGAACCAACUGACACCUCAUCUAACGCACCCUGACAGUGCUCAGACUGUGGCUACGAGGAGCAGACAACGGAUCCGGAUUCGGUUUCAUAUAAAGCUUGCCACCGGCGCUGAGAGUCCUACAGUUGUGGCGUGGAAAGUUGAGAGGCAUCUACUCCGAGUCAGAGGAACAGGAGAGUGAGCCCCACAAUUGUGCACCAUGCAGCAGACCAAGUCGAAGAGCUUAUACCUCGUCCUAAUUCUUGUGGGGCUGGUGGUGAUGGGACAGCAGACCGCAGCAGAUAUGUAUCUUUGUGGCACCGAACUGAACGAUGCCCUGUCCACCAUGUGCGGCCGCCAUGGCUAUAACCGGAUGCUGAAGCGGUCCUUCGAUCCGACGGACUACAAUGAUAUCGAGGGUGGAUUCGGAUUGGCCAGAAUGGAAUUUGAUGAUCGCUCGCUGCUUCAUCGAAUGCUGGGCGAAAGCGCCGCUCAGCUGAUGAAGACACGGCGUCGUCGUGUCGGGGUCUCCGACGAAUGCUGCCUGAAGCCGUGCUCACUUGGAGAGCUCCUCAACUACUGUGCCAAGCCGCCUGGGCAGUACGGGAACUAAUGGAGCACAACUGAUGAUAUCUGGAAGCUAAUGAAUAGAACUGAAUAGCCUGGGAUAAUGUGAAUCUCUAUAGCCCCCCCUGCACAUAAAUCGGCAGAUAGAUAUAUAUAUAUAUAUACCUAUAUAUAAAUACAUAUGUAUAUUUUAAUUAUUUACUAUCGAAAAUUGGAGGAGACCGGGUUGAUAGCAUGUAUGUUUGUAUGUACUACCUAUAGGGCCAUGAAUAUUCCACCUCUCUAUAAAUUAUUAAAUAAAUUAUCCAUUCAAACUGCUGCAGAUUGGGCUACACAA